UUUGGUUCUCUUCGAGAUAUCUUUCUUUCUCUUGCUCUCUGGGCUUUGGAUAGUCUUCGUUGAUGGCGUCCUUGGUGGCGGAGAAGCUCUCGGAAAUCCAGAUCGGGGAUGACAUGGCCUCGACGGCUCCUAAUCUCAUGAAGAAUCUCUCGCUCCUUUCUCCCGAUCAGGUUGAACUGGCGAAGAUGUUGUUGAGAGAGGAGCAGAGCCAUUUGUUCUUGCAUUGGCCGGAGCCUGGGGUUGAUGAUGAUAAAAAAAGAGAUUUUUUUGAGCAGGUGUCUCGGCUCAAUUCAAGCUAUCCUGGUGGCUUGAUAGCUUACAUUCAAAACUCAAGGAAACUUCUUGCUGAUUCUAAAGCAGGAAAGAACCCAUAUGAUGGCUUCACUCCUUCUGUUCCAUCAGGAGAAAUCCUGACUUUUGGUGAUGAUAAUUUUAAUAUGUUGGAAGAAGCAGGUGUAAAGGAAGCGAGGAAGGCUGCAUUUGUUCUUGUUGCAGGUGGCCUUGGGGAGCGUCUUGGAUACAAAGGAAUUAAGUUGGCUCUUCCUUUGGAAACAACAACAGGCAGAUGUUUUCUACAGCAUUACAUAGAGUCUAUUUUGGCUCUACAAGAGGCUAGCUGUAAGUUGGUUCAAGGUGGAUGCAAUUCUGAGAUUCCCUUGGUGAUUAUGACUUCAGAUGAUACUCACGCACCAACUUUGAAUCUUUUGGAAUCAAAUUCUUACUUUGGAAUGAAGCCCACACAAGUGAAUCUUCUUAAGCAGGAAAAAGUAGCAUGCUUAGAUGAUAAUGAUGCAAGGCUUGCACUAGAUCUAAAUGACAAAUUCAAAAUUCAGACAAAACCUCAUGGUCAUGGCGAUGUGCAUGCACUUCUAUUCUCCAGUGGCUUGCUUAACAAAUGGCAUAAUGCGGGUUUAAGAUGGGUUCUUUUCUUCCAAGAUACCAAUGGACUACUCUUUAAGGCAAUACCUGCUGCAUUGGGUGUGAGCUUAACAAGGGAAUACCAUGUUAAUUCUCUGGCUGUUCCUCGCAAAGCAAAAGAAGCUAUUGGAGGAAUUACCAAGCUCACUCAUGCUGAUGGAAGAACAAUGGUGAUUAAUGUGGAGUAUAAUCAGCUUGAUCCUUCGCUUCGAGCAAAUGGACAUGCUGAUGGAGAUGUUAACUGUGAAACCGGCUACUCUCCCUUCCCUGGAAAUAUAAAUCAGUUAAUUCUGGAACUUCAACCAUACAUUGAGGAGCUAACAAAAACACAGGGUGCCAUUGCAGAGUUUGUUAAUCCCAAAUAUAAAGAUUCUAGCAAGGCAUCAUUCAAAUCAUCUACUCGUUUGGAAUGCAUGAUGCAAGAUUAUCCAAAAACACUACCUCCAUCAGCAAGGGUUGGAUUUACAGUAAUGGAAACAUGGCUUGCCUAUGCCCCUGUUAAGAACAAUCCAGAAGAUGCUGCCAAGGUACCGAAGGGUAAUCCUUACCAUAGUGCCACUAGCGGAGAAAUGGCUAUCUAUCGAGCAAACAGCCUCAUUAUGAAAAAGGCCGGUGUCGAGAUAGCAGAUCCCGUGGUCGAUGAAUUCAAUGCACAAGAAGUAGAAGUUUGGCCGCGCAUUACAUGGAGCCCCAAGUGGGCAAUAACAUUUGCUGACGUGAAAAAGAAAGUGAACGAGAAAUGUUCCGUCUCUCAGAGAUCUACCAUGAUAAUCAAAGGUCAAAACAUUGUCCUCGACAACCUCUCCUUGGAUGGGACACUAAUUGUCCAUGCCAUAGAUGAAGCUGAGGUGCAAGUGAGUGGGUGUGUUCAAAACAAGGGAUGGUUGCUUGAAAAAAUUGAUUUCAAAGACAGUUCUCUGCCUCAAGAAACAAGAAUGAGAGGCUUUAAGAUUCAGAAGGUUGAACAGUUAGAGGUGAACUAUUCUGAGCCUGGGAAGCACUUAUUCAGAGCAUGAACCAAAAAUUGAUGUCUUUGUAGCAUUCUUUAGGCCUUUGUUCAGAAGUGCUAACAUAAUCAUUGACAUUGGAAUAAAAAUUUUCUUUGUAAACAUUUUUUUUGAAUUUCCAAAUAAUUCCUGAAGGACCAUUGUUGUUUUCUGACAUUUAUUGUUCUUUAAAAAUGGUGUAUGAUCUGAUCA